AGUGGCAGCGGCUGAGGUCUGGUUGCGGCGCUACUUGUACGUGAGUGAGAGGCAGCCAGACACAAAGUAGCACUUGGUGUUUCCGGAGCCGGGCUGAGCAGAGCAGAGACUGAGUAACGGGGACCGGACCGGACUGGGCUCGCAUUCCCUGACUAUGCUCUCUCACAACUGAGGCGGACCCAGCUGCCCUCCCUGUUCCAGGGGCCAGCCUGAAGCACUCAGCCCAGCCAAGGCUCCUCUCUUUCUCUCCCUCGCUCUUUCUUUCCCCCCCCACCCCCCUCUCCAGGGGCCGCCUGGCUGCCUUUAUUUAAUUUUAUUUAUUUCCCCCCCUCUUCCCCCCUCACAUAUUAAAUGUACAACUUGAUGGGUCUGAACAGCACAGCCGCCACGAAUCAGCCCAAUGUUUCCUGCACAUGCAACUGUAAACGCUCUUUGUUCCAGAGUAUGGAAAUUAAAUCGAAUUUGCUACCACGUGGAGAGGUUGAAGCUAAUAGCACAGAUAAACACAUGAGGGAGGAAGGAACUAGAGCGGAGUUGGAGUUUGUGCAGAUAAUGGUGAUAGUGGUGGUGAUGAUAGUGAUGGUCGUGGUGAUCACCUGCCUCCUCAACCACUACAAACUCUCCACGCGGUCCUUAAUAAACCGACAGAGCCAAAUGCGAAGGCAAGAAGGCAACCUGCAGUCGCAGCAGAUCUACACGCCCAGGUCGACGGACAGGCUGACAGUGCCAUCGUUCUUGCACCGUGACCGGUUCAGUCGCUUCCAGCCCACCUACCCCUACCUGCAGCACGAGAUUGACCUCCCCCCCACCAUCUCGCUGUCAGAUGGCGAGGAGCCCCCUCCCUACCAGGGUCCGUGCACCCUCCAGCUCCGUGACCCCGAGCAGCAGAUGGAACUGAACCGGGAGUCGGUGCGGGCUCCCCCGAACAGGACUAUUUUCGACAGUGACCUGAUAGACACGUCCAUUUAUAAUGCGGGACCCUGCCCGCCGAGCAGUAACUCGGGCAUCAGUGCCACCAGCUACAGUAGCAACGGCCGCAUGGGAGGACCUCCGCCCACUUACAAUGAGGUCAUCGGCCACUACCCAGGGUCAACGUUUUUCCAGCACCAGCAGGGCCACGGUGUUCAUUCUGUGAUGGGCAGCAGCAGAUCAGAGCAAUCUCAGAACAAUGGCCUUGAAGGGACAGUUCUCCGGAACAACAAAGAUAAAAAGACGGGACAUCCCUUCUGAGACCAACUUUGUGCACUUCGACGUAAGCCAGAGAGCGUUGGGUGAACAGGAGGAUGAGCCCGGCUGUGCUCACUAUCUCCCACUCCCUGCCCCCUGCCCCUACCUCCCACCCCAUCAUCACCACCACCACCACCACCACCCACCCUCCCCCUCAACACUCCUUCGUUGUAUAAAAUACUUAGUUACAUUGCAUCUGAAUCAAAAACUUGAGCAUAAAGAUUCAGAUGGUUCUAUGAGCUACAUUAGAUAAGGGAGUUCAAAUACCCUGUUUAAACUAAGGUCUCGUAACACAAUGUGCGUAAAAUGCUGUCUUUAAUUACCUUAACUUUAAAGAAACAUUUGCACAAAAUUUUAUGUUUGGAAAAACUUGCAAUAUGUCUAAUGAGAAAUUUGCAUGUGGAAGCAGGCGUAUUUUUGUAACUGAAAUGGCCUAUAUGUUUAGUUCCCAGAUGAGAGAGAUGGCAGUUUUUUGAGUGCCGUAUCAAUAUGUCUCUAACAUUCUGUAUUUAAAAAAAAGACAGGGGUUUAGAGUUAUUUAUGAACACUUUUAAAACAUUGCACUAUUUUGUAAUAUGAGUAACAAGCAGAUGCUUGUAAUAGCAAUGGCCUCCAGUGUCUGCCACAGACAUACAAGCGAGCAAAUACGGUCUUCAUUAUAGAAAUGCUGAGCUACGCGCAGCUGUAGGUAAAAUCCUACAGGCCCUGGCUCCAUUGGGAAGAGAAAUUGCAUUUAUACUAGAACAUAGAGCAAAGCUAAAGCAUUACAUGACAUUCAAAAUAAAAUUCUGCUACAAAGCUAGAUAAUGGGAUUUGCAAGGAAGCUUCUCUUGUGACUCUGAGGUGACAGACCUAAUACUGUGAAUCCAGUGUGCAGUACAGCUUAAACAAAAAAACUUGUCAGGCUGCAAGAUGGUUGGGGAAGAUAACCAAAGACAUUGAGUCCUUUUUAUGCCUAGUGUUGGGAGGGGGGAUAAGGCACCAUUUUGUGACAGUUCUGCUAUCUUUUAGCAGGUGCAUACACGUGCAGAACCAUUUUGUGAGACCAUUCCCUUUGUUAUGGAGACUAGGCUAAUCUUCACUGCCCAAGCGAUGGGGGUGGAGACAGGAGCCUGUCAAAAAUUAGAACCAGUCUGCACGUUUUGGAACUCUGACACCGUCAGAGCUAGGUGCAGUUUAUUUCGCUUCCCCCCACCCCCACACACACACACACACACCCACCCCAAGUCUAUGGUUGAAAUAUAGUCUGUAUACAGUGGUUCCACAUUGCAGAAUAAUUCCAUUGUAGUCACCUCAGUUAGCUUUGAGCUCAAAAUUCCCUAAUUAAGGACUCGGGAAAGUGGGGGAAUCAAAAUAGGGAUAAUUGAUUGGGAAAAAGAAGGCAAGAGUGAGAUUUUUUAAAAUUGAAAAUCUUUGCAUUUUGAACACCACAACUGGCUACAAUUUUUUGAAUUAUGAUGGUAGAGAGUCUGACUACUUCCCUCUCUGUAUGAAAUCUCCCACAAUGAUAGAGAAGUUGCUCAGUUGGUUGUGGAGAGGGGAGGAGUCCACAAUUUGACCUAAAACAAUUAUUCAGAGUGACAUGUUAUGCAGGGGAUUGAGAAUUCUCAUUGGUCAAAAGUCCUGAUAGCUUUCCAUUGCAUUUGGGCAUUUUUUUUUAAUUGAGUUGCUUUUGAAAUGUUCUUGCCUCGGUCAAGGUAUCUGGUAGGAAGGUUUGAAGUUUUCAGUUGUAACCUGGUGUCUAUAGUAUAAGCUUUCCCUGGUUCUCAGAAUUAGCAGUUUCAGAGACAAAAGCUUCCCCCAAAGUCCAACCUUUAAAAUGAGCUCACGCCUCAGAAUGGCAUCCAGUUGCAAUUUGUUGCAUUAUUGGAGAAAUAAAGUUGAAAAUGGUGAGUGAAUGUGGUAUGAAUCCAUCUUUUUGGUUUAUGGUGGUGCCCAUUACUUCACUCCUUGUGUAUGAUAUGCCCUUCGAAGAAUUCUCUAUAGCAAUGGGCUACAGAAAAAGGAAGUUGCUACCUGAUAGCUGGAAACAGAAUUUGGAUGCAUGAGACGUCAUUUGCAAAUGGCAUAAAUCACUUUGGAUAUUAGUGUGAUGUCUUGUCUACACCAUCAUUUCCAGUAUCCUGGUCUUUUAUGAAUAUAUUUGAAUUGUUAACUUUAAAUCUAUUUUAAUAUCUGCUGCCCCACAUAAUGGGUAACAUGAUCCUGUAACACUUACUGGCCCAGAUUGAUCUCUUAAGUUGUCCUCACGAGAGUUCAGACCCAUUUUUCAUUGUCAGUACCUCGUUGCAGUUCGAUGCACCAAAACUGGUACAGUAUAUGGCUGCUGGACCGAGGGUGCAGAGUUACAGUGUGUCCACCCACGCUCCUAAAUAUCAGAUAGCUUGGCUAUUUGCUCAAACACAGAAACAGUAGGUAUCUUUUUAUCCGAACAGUUUCCCAACGCAUGGGCUGGAUUAAAAUAAUCCUGGAGCUGGCGGUACGUCUAGUCGGUGGCGCUCUUCAUCAAUCCUUUCUCCAAAGGAUUAGUGCUCUUCCCGUCUGCUCCUUCUGCUCUCCCGCUGGUGGUUUCCAGCCGCAAUUUUCCUUUUAAUCUUUCAGAAAUCCUUCCAUAUGUGUGUGUAUGAAUCGCUGUUGGUGUGCUGGCCCGUGUUGACAUACAGGAACACACACCCCACCCCUUCCCAACCGGGGGUUGCAUUCUCUGAAAUUACUGCACUAACCUUUCACCAUCCUGGAUUUUAUGAUUUGUGCAUAGUUAUUACAGUUUCCUUGUGUUUUUUUUUAAUUGCCUGAUCGAGGCAGUUUUUGUUUUGAUGUUGGGCCUAUUGAGAGUUCUACAGGCUGGGAGAGGAACUGUGUGCAAUCCGGAAGGGGAGAAGAGACAUGAGCUUAUUUUUAAGAUUUCAGCUUUGUUAACCCCCUCCCAGGCUCUGUAAAUGUGCCUCGUUUAAAUUGCUGCUUUGACCAAUUCUCGCCCUUCCUUUUUCUCUGUCUCUGGUGCUGUGUAUAACUUGAAUAUAUUAUGCAAAUAUCCUAUGCACAUAUUAUGGAUAUUGUAUGAAUAGCAUGUAGUUUAAACAAUAGUGUUAACCAAAAUGAACGGAAUCUGUGACACCAAGCCUGCAGCGCCGUUGCAUACUGUUACAGUCUGAAUCUGUUUGGGCUAGUCGAGAUGGAUUAAAGAGGAACCAUUAAAGGCGUAGUUAUUUUGCCAGGUUUAUUUUCAAUUAUCAUUCUCACAAUAAACGGCAACCAACGGUAAGACCCCCAGCCCCCUUCGUUCUUCAUUCUGCUAUACUGAAUUUGGAUUUUUUUUUAUUUCGUUGGGGCUGCAACACGGUGCCUGUAGGUCCUGAAUAAUUCAGAUUGAUGGGUCUACGGUCCAGGGCGGCAGGCGCUGGGGUGGGCUGGGUUCUUUAAAGAAUGACUGGGGCCGAAGUAGCACAAGGGUCUGAAGCAACAACCAGUCUACAGCCAGAGGAAUUCAGCGGGCCGUGCGGGAGGAUAGGCAUUUCCGACUGUCUGCACCCCACUCCCCUCCCGCUGCGGGAUCGAGAAGCUGGGUGUAGGUUUUCAUUAAUUCAUCUAUCAGUCGCUCUCAUUAAAUUCCAACCACAUUGACUGAAUGUAUUGCAGCUGGUGCGAUGGACGUAUGGGUGCCUAGUGUAGAGGGAGGGACGGGAGUGGGUGCUGCUCUCACGUUAUGUCUGACUGACACCCAUUUGUUCUCCCCCACCCCCCAUUCCUUCUUCCAGAAAGUAGAGCUGGCCGCGGGGGGGUUAAAUUAAAGAAACAUAUUUGUACUAAACCUGAUCCAAGCCGGUCAUCGCUAUGAAAGGUGUGGUACAGUAGUUUACAUUGCCGGCCCUGCGCAACCCUCCCACGGGCGCAGUGAUUUGCAGAACAGCACGAAGGUGCAGUCACCCGGUCCUGUGAGGAGACGGCGGUAUCCCCUCAUACUCAGCCUUCGCUCAUUUUAGUCCCGACCGCAGGAAAUAAACGUACUUUCAAAGCCGAAAGCCUGGAGUUCGCCGCAACGGCCCCAGGAACCUCCAACACCUCCCAUUGGGACAGGGCUGUGGGGGCACCGCGGUCUGAGCAUAGCAUCAUGUCCCUCGUUACAGUCACCGGCACCGUUCUCUCCCUGGAGCCCGGAGCAGGCAGCACUGAGCAGUGAUCACCCAGCUGACUGCAGCCCGACUGUUCCAGGAAAAUUCCCCCACAAAAGGCUCCCGGCCGUUUGGAGAAGAAGCUGAUUUACCUGAGCUUGAACCGCCUCCCAGCUGUGACCCGGAGUGGAAACUCCCAGUGUAGACUGGGAAAGGGUUCACUAAGUUAACUCAACGUGAGUGUCUGACACCGUUCCAGAUUUUCAGUGUCGAAACCAUUAUAGUUGCCUUAAGUUUAGGCAAGGCUUUAAUUUUGUAUUUUUAAAAUCGAGCUUUUCUUUUCAACAGUCUGCUUACAAUUACUGGUCAACAUUUGUGUAAAAUAAAUACUGCACUUUUCAAGCUGAGGAAAGGAUAGUUUAUCCGUGUAGUGAGUAGCUUCGCUAUACUGGCCUUUCCAAAGAAGAUCCCUUUUUAAAGAACAUUUGACCAAUGUUUCCCCCAGACAACCAGGCCAGCACCGACUAGAUGGGCCGAAGUGUCUCUAUGUAGGCCUCUGUGACUGACAAAUGAACAUUGUCAGUAGGAUUCCAGUUACUCGUAUAUCUCCACCAGUGACCCCUCUCGUGUGCACAGACACCGGUACUGUAUUUGUUCAGUGAGCCGAGCUCCCAGAGGGGGCCUUCGGUGGGAGCGGUAACGAAGGAGGUGAGGUACCAAGCAGUGUCUCUGGAAUACGGGGUUCCAGACAAAACGAUCACCCCCGAGCCCAGCGUUGCGGCAGUGUGGGUGCUGUUAAGCGUUGGGUGAUAGACCGACCCACCCUCGCUCACACCCAAACCCUCCACCCUCCCCGGGACCGCCUACUUUUAUGGUUUAACAUAUUUGUAAAAUGGUUCAAGUGACAAUAUUAAUCAGUUUUUUUUUGUUUUCAGACGAUUGUGGUCGAUUUUAUAGCGAUCACGUUUAAAACUACAAAAACACUUUAA